AUGAAUAGUAAACACCCAAUUAAGAAUAUUCCUAGGAUGCCCAAUCAAGAAUCAAGCCAAAUCUGGAGCCCUUGGGCGGAAGGGGGUUCAAUGCACUCAGUUGCUCAUUCAUUGGAUCCUCUGACCCCUAAAGUCUAUGAGAGAUGGAGUGCGUUGAAGAAGAGCCUCAUUGCCAGUAUUGCAAACACUGCGAAUACCGAGGUAACACGUGCCAGGUUUACCCAAGUAAAACUUACCACCGUUAAUGAGAGCAUUGAUGCCCUUUCUACUUCAUUGAACGUGGAUCCCAUGGAUCACUCCCAGGUACAAAGAUACCGAAAACAACUCAAAAGUGCUGCUGAAACUCUAUUGAACGAUGAGUUGGCAGCAAUUGCCUUGGAUGAAGAGGCAAAGGCCAUGUAUGAUGACUGGUUACAAGCUUUCUGUCAGGACCAGACGUUGAAAAUAGUCUGCGUCUAUGAGCUAUGGCUAUAG